AUGGAACAACAACAACCACCGCAACCCGAGAAAUCCCCGUUUACAAUGCGGUCUGACGGCAAGCCGCGUCAGACGAGACAGCACUUUAGUUGUGCCGAGUGCAGGCGCCUCAAGCUCAAGUGUUCGCGGACAUGGCCAUGCACGAGCUGCGUGAAGCGGCAUUGCGAGCAGAUCUGUCCUUUCGGACAGGCAAAGACAAUAAAGGGCAAACGCAUUGUCCUCGCGGACGCAGAACACCUACACGAACGCAUCCGCAAGCUCGAGGUCGCUCUGUCGCAAGAACGAGCCAAGAACACCCAAGAACCGCAUCCCCUACUCGUUGAGACGGAUUGGUUCACGACGGAAGAUGGUGCUGGCCCUUCGAAACUUGACACCAAGCCGGACGUCGGCGCGAUCGACGCUACCGUUGGUGCCUUCGGCACUCUCAAGAUAGGCACCGAGGGCGAGGCACAGUUUAUCGGCUCGUUCGCGGGCUCCGAGUACCUGCGUGAGGAGGGACAGACGUCCGAGCCCACGACGCCGAGCGACCACAUGCGCGCAGGCGACCCAAAAUUCUACGAGAUGCAAGGGGCGCCCGUCCCACGCGCGGCAUACAGCGAGACAGCCCUGCGGCUGCACGACGCCUUCCUCGCUGGGGGCGUUGGCAUCGCUGGCGCGGCUGGUGUCGACUACAAUGUCGAUGCGCUGCGCGCCGAGCUCCCCGACCUCGACCGUGAGGGGUACGCUAUCAUUAAGGUGUACUGGGACAAUGUCAACUGGAUGUACCAGCCGAUCAGUAAGGUCCUAUUUGAGCGCGACUACCUGCUCAACGCGUAUGACGUAAGCGUGCGCCCACACCCGCACAAGCUCGCCGCUGUCUUCUUCCUCAUGGCCGUAGGCGUAAUGUUCGACCUGACCCGCGAACCAUGGGAUGACCGCGGCGCGCAGCUCUUCUUCUGCGGCCGUGCGUGCCUCGGCCUUGUGGGGCUCGAGAACGCCUCUCCCGCAACCGUGCUAGCCCUCCAUCUAAUGGGCACGUACAUCCUCAACGACAAGCUCGGGAACAGCGCCGACGUGUUUUGGCCCAUCCUCGGCACUGCCACCAGAGUGGCCCAGAGUCUUGGUCUCCACCGCGAUGGCCUCAUGUUCGGCCUGUCGUCGUACGAGGUCCAAGAGCGGCGCAUGCUGUACUGGGAGGUACUCACCUACGACCGCUUGCAGGCGUUGUGCUUUGGCCGGCCUUGUGCGAUGAGCAACCGUGCUAGCGACACGCUGCUGCCAGACGACGAGUUGCUGGCGGGAGACGAUGACUUUUUCCACAGGUCAAAGUACCGCUUGAUUGAAAUCAUGGAGCGGGUCUUGGAUGUGCAAACCAACGCCAAGCCGACACCCUAUUCGACAGUCCAGGCUGUCGACAAAGAGAUCACCACAUUCCGUGACAACUUGCCAGAGACGAUGCUGCCGAAAACGCAGAUCUCGGAUCUGCCGAUGGACCGACUACUCAGCCCGCAGAUUGUGAUCCACCGACUGAGCAUCCGCUUCCUCGUAGCACAGACGCGCCUUCUACUCAACCGUCACUGGUUCACGAUUGCCCUCAAAGACACGCCCGAGGACCCGGGACAGUCGCCGUUUGGCGAUGCGUUUGUUGCUGCGUUUGAGAGUGCGAGCGAGAUUGUCCAAACAAUCCGACAACUCGUGCGUUACCACCCUUCGCUGAUCGCGCGUUGGUGGUUCUUCUGGUUCCACGCGCUGAGCGCUUCCGUGUGCCUGGCUGCCGUGGCGAUCCGCGCACCCAUGUCGGUCUGGGCCGUGCCCGCGUACCAGAAGCUGCAGCAGAUGGUUGACAUCUCGGCGGCAACUCGUGACGGAUGUAGAGCCAAGAACGGGCUUGCUGCAAUCCUGCAGUUGCGUCUCUCAGCGAGCGAGGCGAUGGAGGCAGCGGCCAAGACGCGUCGCCGUGCGAGUCAGCCUCUCGCAACCGAAGACCCCGCGACGGUUAGCUAUCUUGAGCACCUCAAGGCGGGGGCCAAGCUCGUACGGGUGGGCACGGGGCAGUCGCCUGUGCGCGACAGUUCUAUGUCACCGUCGGGAAUAAGUCACACGUCGCCCGAACUGCGUACACUCGAAGCGCUCAAGCAGGAAUUUUCGUCGCGUCCUGGCAGCGCGAGCGCGCCGUACCUGCCGGUCAACAACUUGCCGCCGCAGAAUGCCGACUUUGCGAGCACGCAAUGGCUUAACAACCUGGUGUGGCAGCCGCAGGAUGGAAUGCCGAUGGGCGACCUUGGCCUCGGUGUGCCGGUUGACAUGGACACGAGCAUUGCGCUUGGGAUCGGGGGCAGCCAGCACGACUUGUUUGACGUACUCGUCAACGGUGUUGGCAAUGUGGGCGACUCGCGGUAUGGUGGGCCUCGCUAG